GGUGUGAUUCAUCACAUAUCUUCAUCCAAUGCCUGGCUAAGCCACUCGUACGCCCGCCAGAGCGAACAGUGGAUGAAAGAGAUGGCUCCACGCGUUGCGCAAAUGAGACCGAAAGCUUAGCGGGUUCGCAUUCUGGGACUUCGAUCAAAAGCACCCCUUUUCCAGAUUCCAUACGGUGGGAUACGCGGGUGGCUACAUCUAAAUCAUCACGGCUCCAUCUCCUUGGCGCUGGCUGGAUUCUGCUGUCCCAUUCGGCGCUCGUUGCGUCGACACUCAGAUGAUAUUCCUGCCAUCUGGGUAUGUGCACCCUCCUCUCUCCACGGCUAAACAUAGCGACGCAUAUCAAAGCGCAUAGAUGACAACCUUCAUAAGCCGACCUGAGAUGGUUAUACAUUGUACUGAGUGGGCGUGGUUGACUCGUCGCCCAACUGAGUUUCCCACGGCGCAUUUGCUUCCAGAUAGUUUCCCAGGGAAAGGUUGCGCAUCUUGUGCAGAGUCGGUCAAUGUUACGAGUUGCUUUAAGAGCAGACGGCAUGCUUUGGUUCCUGCCUUGAAGUGGCCGGGUCCAUCUCUCGGUACCUAGCCAUGUGGUCAUCCGCUGGACUUUGUCAAGUGCUUCUAUGGGCCCUUCAGGCUGUGGAAGUUCUUGUUCAGGAUGUGGAGGUUCUUGCUCCGGCUGCUCAGGAGGGUCAAGUGUUUCCGUGGGUCCUUGAGGCUGUGAAGGUCCUUGAUCUGGCUGCCAAAGGCCCUUGCCCUUCCGAGACUGUGAAGGCUCUUGGUCGGGCUGCCAAAGGCCUUUGCCCUUCUGAGACUGUGAAGGCCCUUGGUCGGGCUGCCAAAGACUGGGCAUCUGAGGCUGUUGUGGUUCUCGCUCUGGCUGCUCAGAAGGGUCAAAUGUUCCUUCGAGCCUUUGAGACUGUGAUGGCCCUUGAUCUGGCUGCUUGCCCUUCCAAGGCUGUGAAGCCAUCUUGCGGGAUUUGUAGAGAUGAGAUCUUUGGGUGGUGUGGAGUCAACUGAAUCAGCCUGGGGCAGCUGCAAAAGUACCGUGCGUUGCAGUGAGUAAAAGAUAACUGACCGUGAUAAGUUAUGAAUGUUAACGAUAGAGAAGAUAUGUGAUGGUUCUGUAAUGAUUGGGGUGAUGUGUGUGUGAAAGAAUAGAAACCGGUCAAGGAAUCAAUUGACGGGGGAAAUCCAGUUCAGUGGCCAGGCAAGAGAAGAGACAAGACACAAUCUGAAAGGAAGGCGCGGUCUUCCGCAAGUUCAGCAUUGGAAGCUAAAACUAGGCGAAUCUCA